AUGACCAUUCUCGACACCCAUACUCGGUCUGUCUUUUAUCUAGGCCGUGUCAUAUGCGGCCUUGGUAUCGGCGGCUCUGCGACCGUCAUUCCAAUCUAUCUAUCGGAGAUGAGUCCGACAUCGAUGCGUGCCCGCCUGGGCAGCUGCUAUCAGUUUACCUUCACCAUCGGUAUCUUGAUAUCGUACUGGAUCGAUUACGGGAUGCAGUACGCGCCCGCCAAUGCCGCCCAAUGGCAGAUUCCAUUGGCCAUGCAACUAAUCCCGGGCGCUCUGAUGGGCUUGGGCAUGCUCACUCUGCAUGAAAGCGUGCGCUGGCUGCUCGCCCACGACCAUACAAGCAAAGCCUGGGACAGCCUGGCGUGGAUCCGCGCCUCCCGAGGACCAGAAGUCAAGGCAGAGUUCCGGGCGAUGCGGUCAGCCAUUGAGCGCGACGUCCACGCCACGGCCGACUUCACCGCUCGCGAACUCCUCCAGAGAUCUAACGCCCAUCGCUUGAUCUUGGGCAUUUCACUAUUUGUUCUCCAACAAUCUACAGGGGCCACGGCGAUGGCCUACUUCGGACCGCAGUUCUUUUCCCUGCUCGUCGGGGGCAGCAGCGCUGCCUUGACGACCUCCGACUCGACCGCGCGUCUCACACUAUUACUGACGGGAAUCUUCGGUCUUUUGAAAGUGAUCAGCUGCCUGUUGUUUAUCGUGUUCGUGGCGGACCGCUUUGGCCGGCGACCAUUGCUGAUCCUGGGCGCGUUCUCCAUGUCGGCGUGCAUGCUCGCGACGGCGGCUAUUCUCAAGACGAGCUCGAUCGCUUCGGACUCCAGUUCCGCCGCGGCGCUCUCCCCAGCUUCACUCGCCACCAUCCUCCUGAUCUACCUCAGCAUCGUGGCGUACAACCUCUCGUGGGGCCCUCUACCCUGGCCGUGCAGCGCGGAACUGACGUUUGCAUUGUUCGGGGUGCUGGAUGCGGGGUUUGGGGGGUUGGUGUAUGGGUUCCUGCCGGAGACGCGCGGGAUGAGUCUGGAGGAGAUCGACGGUAGAAAGCCAAAAAAAAGUCAAACGCACCGCAGCGCAAAAAGAGAAACUAGCUGGCUCGAGCUAAAAACAGUACGAACGAUCGAUGAUAUGAUAGCCCAUCAAUCCGAUCAACACAACAAAGGAACGCAAUGA